AAAAUGUAAAAAAUAAAGAAGCAUGAACAGACGUCGUGCAUUUUCCGCUAGAAUCUUCAAAAUAUACUGAUAAAUAAUUUUCAGUUUUAACUUUUGCCAUAAUGAUAUUACAGUUCCUUUAUUAAUUCUCAUAGCUUGUAAAUUAAAUAUUCUUUGUUUAUUAUAGUGCUGAGUAUGUGAAAAAUAUUGAUCAAAUCCAGGUUAUAUUAUAUUAAUAUAUUAUUAAAAAGAGAACAAACAGGCUGUGAACAUUGUGAAAUAUAGUGAAAGUUUACAUAGAAUGUCUUAGAAUGAAGUGCCACUACGAAGUAUUGAGUUUACCGAAAGAAGCAAGUGCUUCCGAGAUAAAGAAGGCAUAUCGUCGCCUAGCAUUGCAGUGGCAUCCGGACAAAAACUUAGACAACAUACAAGAGGCGAAAGAACAGUUUCAACUAGUUCAGAACGCCUAUGAAGUACUCUCUGACCCUCAGGAGAGAGCUUGGUAUGACAAUCACAGAGAGCAGCUAUUACGUGGUGCAGGCUCAUCAUAUAAUGAUGACAGCCUUGAUGUAUAUCCAUACUUCAGUCCGUCCUGCUACAAAGGUUUUGGAGAUGACCCCAAUGGGUUCUAUGGAGUGUAUGCAGAGGUAUUCUCCAAAUUGAUUUCUGAAGAAACAGAUUUUCUUGAUGAUCCUGAAGAUGUUACCCAAAUACCCAAAUUUGGUAAUUCCACCACACCUUAUGAAGAUGUGCAUGAGUUCUAUGCAUAUUGGAUGGCAUUUUCUACUAAUAAAAGUUAUGUGUGGCUAGAUCAAUAUGAAAUUCAACAAGGUGAUAAUCGAAGAGUUAUAAAACUAAUGGAGAAAGAAAACAAUAAAAUACGACAGAAAGCUCGCAAGGAAAGAAAUGAAGAGAUCAGAAGACUUGUUAGUUUUGUUCGUAGGAAAGACAAGAGAGUGAUUGAACACACUAAGUUGUUACAAGAGAAAGCAGAGGAAAAUAAGAAAAAGGCAGAACAAGUAAGAAGGGAGAGAAUCUUACAAAGACAGAAAGAAAUAGAAGAAGCAAAGAAAAAGGAAGGUGAAAGCUCAUUCUUACAAAGUGAGGAUUAUCAAAAGAAAUUGAGUGAAAUUGAAUCAUUGUUGGCAGAAGAAUUUGGACUGUCAUCAGAUGAUGACACUAUUAGUGAGGGUGGUAUGGAGAGCAGCAAUGAAGAGAGUUCCAAGACUGAAGAGGCAAGUGAAGUAUCAAGGACAACAGCAAAAUCUUCCUCAAAAUCUAAACAAGCUAUGAGAAACUUAUAUUGCUCAGCUUGCAGCAAAUUGUUUAAAAAUGUCAAAUCGUUUGAAAAUCAUGAGAACAGUAAGAAACACAAAGAAAAUGUUGCUAAUAUGACAUUUGAUGAUAAUGUAGAUAUAUCAGAUGAUGAUGUAGAUGAUGCUGAAAUAGAUGAAUCUGUGAAAAAUGUAGAAGAAACAGCGGAAGAAAAAAUCAAUGGUCAAGCUGAGGAUGAGAGAGAACUAGUAGGCAAUUCUACAUCAGAUAUUGAAGAUAAUGAGAUUGGAGAAACAUUAAGUGAUGAUUCUGACAAAAUUCAGGCUUUACCUAAGAGUCAAAAGAAGAAGAAAAACAAGAAGAAAUCAUUUAUACCAAUGCCUGAGAGUGAAGGCAAUGAUAGUCAUGAUGAGAUGAGUUUUAAUGAAAUAGAAGGUCCAUCUCGCAGUAGAAAGGCUAAGAAAUUCAAUAUGCUUAAAAGCCAGAUACAGGCUAAAAAGGAAGCUAAUCUCAAGAAAGGAUCCCAGUCACAGACUUCAACGGAAAAUUUAUACGAAGUUUCGAGUACAACGCCUACUGACGACGCCUUGGGAGAAGUAGCACUACCAAAGGAUAAGCCAGCACUGCCGAAAACGCAGAGAAAUGUUAAGCCAAAAAAGCUUGUCGAAAGGAAACCGUUACGAACGAAAACAAGUGAAACCGAAGAUUCCAGUACAGCUAUGAAUCUUAGAUGUGCAGUAUGCCAAACAGACUUCCCAUCGAAAAACAAAUUAUUUGAACAUUUGAAAAAGACAGGACAUUCUGUGCCACUGCCCCAGACUAGCUUUACACAAACUAAAAAAGGAAAGAGAGCUAACAGAUAAAUAUGUGCAAUGUAUUUAGAUAGGAUGGAAGUAUUAAUUAAUCAGUGAGAAUCGUUUUGAUUUUCUUUAAAUCUCUACAAGUUGUAAAGUGACUUUGUCAAUCUAUUUAUUAAAAUUAUGAUCAUUGUCAUUAAAUUAUGCCUA